AUUUGACGUGCCAUAGCGAAGAAUGUUCUUUUCUGUCCCACGUUUCGAAAGGAAACAAGCUAGCUACGAAUUCCGGCUUAGUUUAGGCUCGUUAAAAUGAAGAUUGGACUGUGUGCAUUCAGUGGGUUUAAAAUCUACCCAGGCAGUGGCAAAACUUUGGUGAAAGCUGACGGUAAGACGCACGUAUUUUUGAACAAAAAAUGUGAACGCUCCUUCCUGAUGAAGCGAAAUGCGCGUAAAGUGAAAUGGACCGUGCUUUACCGUCGCAAACACAAGAAGGGCAUCGUGGAAGAGGCUUCUAAGAAGCGUACGCGCCGUACUCAAAAGUUCCAGCGUGCCAUCGUUGGUGCCUCCAUUACGGAUAUUAUGGCUAAGCGUAACAUGAAACCCGAAAUUCGCAAGGCCCAGCGCGAGCAGGCUAUCAAAGUUGCCAAGGACGCCAAAAAGGCUAAGCAGGCCGAGAAAAAGGUUAAAACCCAACCGAACCCGAAACAGCAGAAAUCCAAAGCUGCUAAGGUCUCGCAAAAGGCUGCCCCACGUGUAGGAGGCAAGCGAUAAAAGGGUUAUAGCAUCUACGAUGCGUUGAUGUGUUUUUUGUGUGUAACAACUGCAUCUGGUGUACAACAAACGAACGGGAAAUGUACCAUUGGAAUUAUGGAAUAAAAAAACAGUCACCCGUUUGACGUUGGUGUUACCACAA